UAUUAUGAAUGUUUAUUGGGAAAAUCUGGAGUGGUGGAGAAAAUAAAAAAUAAAAUGAAGAAUCCGUCGGACUGUCGGGCAGCACAUCAGUCCGGGGACAGAUCGGCGCGCUGACAUACGGAUGCCCGCGUGGCCACACUAAUGAUCGGCGGCGGCGGGGAGUGAGUGGACUCGCGGCGCAGCGCAGCGCAGCGCAACGUCCUGCCCCUCCGCGUCUCCAGCAGUGGGAGUCGUGAACCGCUGCAAGGUGACACGUCCUCCGAUUUCAACCGAAACUUCAGCCCGAGGAGCCGCCGUGUGAGCCCUUCUCCCGUCAAACGGCACCAAGCCUCCCCCGCGGUCCUUACCAACCCUGGGGAUCGGGACCGUCCUUGCGCAGUGGCACGGCGCUCGGAGCGAGCGAGCGAGCGAGCGGGCGAGCAAGCGGUGGCGGCGGCCACCACUCCGGGGAAUGUGGACCGGCCGUCAGUCCUGACACCGGCCUCUUCUGAUCAGAGGCGGCAGCCGAAUGGGAGCUGAUCUGAAGGAAUAAGCGCGUGGCAGCCACUGCGUGUCCACACAGACGGCUCCUGUGCAUGCAGAGACAGAUUUGGUCCAUGCGUGGUAAGUGAGGUGUCCUGGAUUGCGUCAUGGCAGUGUGUCAGCUGAACAUCUGGGUGAGAUGAGUGUUAACUGUGAGCAAUGUGAGCUCCACUGACAAACGGGCACAGCUAUUCCCCACACCGGACCCUCCGCCUUAAUCACCAGCUAAUCAAAUGCUCCAAGACAGUAAACUGGCCAAUCAUGGCAAGCAGGUCACCAGCGAUGGCCGAUCCCAAAUACCUGGCGUGAACCAGCAGGCUCAGCAGCAGGGAGCUGCUGGCCACCUGGGUUCAAAGGGCGUCAUUGCCGGGAGCCAUGGAGUCAAAACCAACCAGAUUUCCCCGGGCAACCCUGGGCUCAAGGCUGUCAGCCAAUCCGUGAGCAGCGUCGGAGGGAUGCUGAAGACCAAAACCAAGCGGGAGCGGAGCGUCUCCAUUGACUCUGGUGAAUCAAGGAAUGCCAUUCCUCCACCCCUCGAGACAGAUGCCAAAGGAGAGGGUGUUAUGCGCAGUAAGCGGCGCUGUGUUCUGGAGAAGAAACAGCCAUACAGUGGAGAUGAAUGGUGCUCUGGACCCGACACAGAGGAAGAUGAAGACAAGCCACACACUACGACCCACCGGGAGCGUGGGCUUGCAGGUCCUAUCCAGGGGCUCUCUGAACGCCUGUCAGCAGGGUCCAUGUCUGAAGCUAGGGGUCCUCUAAUGGGCUGUGGAGUGGGACCAGGGAGAAAGGCGGAACCACCUCAGUCUUCUCAGCAAGUGGUGUAUGUUUUCACGACCAGCCUAGCCAACAGUGCUGCGGAAGCAGUAAUGAAAGGACAGACCGAUUCCAUUCUUCUGUUUCACCAGCAAAAUGUUCCACGCACCAAGUUGGAGCAGGGACACCCAUCAGGGAAGCUUCCUAACAUAUCUGAGAAGGUAAACUCCAACAGCUCCCCACCCACAGGCACCCCAAAAUCCCAAAGCGGAACUCCGCGGCCAGCAUCUGCAGGAGUUGGAGGCCCAUUGCAUCCUGCAGGGACACCGACAUCAGCAGGACACUCUGAUAGUGAAUCCCCUCACACCAGAUCAGGCGGUGCCUCCAGCAAUAAUAGCAUUAUGACCCAGAGGUCAGAAGGAGGGAACACAGCAACACCUGCAGGCACAGGCCCAGGAAGUGGAGAUGGUGAGAGUGCAGGGGGUAUGCCUAUUCCUGUUGCUCCUGUUUCUCCUUCAGAGAGCUCCUCCAUCCUAUCUGCACACUUACAGAGUGAUAUAGGCCAGAGGAGUUGCCCAGGGAACUCCGAUUGUCUUUCUAAAGAGCAGCUCGAACAUAGGGAGCGCUCUUUGCAGACGCUGAGAGACAUUGAGAGACUGUUUCUUCGCAGUGGGGCAAAUGCAGGCCCUGGAGACACAGGGGGCACCAACAACAAUGCUACUAAUAACUCUUCCAACAUAAAUAAUAACAACAAUACUGACAGGAGUGCUAUUCUUGAGGACAGUGACAAUGGUACUAUUAACUCUGGAAAUUGCAACAGCAGUAGUAUGCUAUCAUCAGCCUUGGCUCCGAUGGGAGGGAUGAAGAAAUAUGAAGAACCCAAUCAGUCCAUCAUUCCUCAUACACAGUCCCUUGGUGAACCUUCCCUUGACAGCCCUCAAAUGGACUCUCACCAUAACCUACCACAACACCCCCAUCACCAGCUGUCUUCACCUGGGAUGGAUAUGGGUCUCAUACUUGGACCAGAUGGCCUGACCCCAGAGCAAAUGGCGUGGAGGAAACUUCAAGAAGAGUACUACCAAGAGAAGAGACGACAGCAGGAAAUGCAACCUCCCACGCAUCCACAGCACUUGAGAAUGGUGACUGAGAUGGGUGUACAUGGCGGACCCAUGAUGAUGAGAGGACCCCCUCCUCCCUACCAUAGCAAGCCUGGAGACCAGCAGUGGGAUCCGGGCAAUAUGAUGGGAGGAGGAAUGGGUGGAAAUGCACGAAUGAUAGACAUGCACCAAGCGGGACCACGUGGCCCGAGGUUCCUGGGACAGAUGCAGAGAGGGCCACCUGGGGGAGGGGGAUUUCCUGGUAGUCCAGGGGGAGGUUUAUCAAUGGAGGGACGAGGACCCCAAAGGCCGACCAGGCCAGGGAUGUUUUGGCUAGAUGACAUAGGUGGUGGGGGUCCUUUUCAUGGCUGCUAUCCCGGCGGACCUCCUCAGCACUUACAGGGUGACCCAGAUCAUCUAUUAACACGAGAGGAAAUGUUUCGCAUCAUGGAAAAACGGCAAAUGCAGGAGCUUUCCAGGUUUGAACUUGACAGAUUAGCCAAACAGCAGCAACAGGACAACCUGGGCUCAAGAAUGAUGGAUAAUAAUGGGGGCCCAGACUUUUCCAAUUUGGGUAUGGUCCGAGGCCCACCCUCAAACCGAGGUGAUCCUAUGGACUUUCCUGGCUCACGGGAGAUUAUGUGCUCUCCUGGAAUGGGUCCUCAAAUGAGAGACUUAGUGGAUUCUCCUCACGGGAGCAACCUCACAAUGAACAUGAACUCACAGAUGAAUGUUCAGCAACAACAGCAGAUGAUGCUUUCUCAGAAACUCAGAGGAGGUCCUGCAGGAGGUGUGCCUUUAAGUGAGAUGUUUAGUCCUGGAGAGAUUGCACGAAUCAGGGCUUCACACAAUGGAAGAGGGGGACAUAAAGGUAUGAUCCCAGGGCCUGAUGGCCCCUUCCAGUUUCACAAUCAAAGUCCCUUUUCUGGAGGACAGGUGGAAGGGCCCUAUCUUCAACAACCUGGCCCUGGAAUGUUUGGGUCGGACCAGCAAGGUCCUAAUCAAAUGGGAGGUACAUCGCGGCUUAGUCAUAUGCCAAUGACUGGAGGCCUCAGGGGAGCAGACCUUGGUCCUAGGCACCCUUCUGACCUAUCAAUCAAUGUUAACCCCCUGACCUCUUCUUCAGUGCCUCCUCCUCAUCAGCUCAAAUCACCGUCCCUCAACCAAGCGCCGUCACCUCUUCUUCCCUCCCCCUCUGCUCCAGGACUGAAGUCUCCCUCACAGAUCUCCUCUGCAGGGCAUCAUCCCACUCUUCCCCCUGCAUCUGGUGCUGGGACCCCAUCCUCUUCUUCCAUGAAGUCUCCCCAGGUAAUGGGGUCUUCCAACCUUGGUUUGCACUCUCCAUCUGCCUCUCCUGGACGACUGAAGUCUCCAGCCAUGGCUGUGGGUUCUCCAGGGUGGACGUCUCCUAAAGCAGCUCUUCCAAGUCCGGGUGGUCCUACCAGUGGGAAAGUAGUGGGCAACGGAGGAAGUAGCUCCACUGAGACAGGCCAAUCCCUCCCCCCCAGGAGUUCCAACUCUACCCCCAUUAGCCAGCCAAGCUCUAUGAAUUCUAGUAUGCCAUUUACUUCCUCUCCUGAUGCCCCUACAUCUCAAAAUCCUUUAUCCCUUAUCAUGUCUCAAAUGUCCAAGUAUGCUAUGCCCAGUUCUACUCCUCUCUACCAUGAUGCAAUUAAAACAAUUGCCACUUCAGAUGAUGAGAUGCUGCCCGAUCGACCUCUUCUAUCUGGUGUUAGCAUUGGAGGAAACAUGGGGAACCUCCAGACCUCCCAGAUACUUGUCUCCCAAGGCUCCAUUGGCCCACACAGUGAUCCACAAAGCCCCAUUGGUAUUGUAAACCAAGGUCAGCAGCACCUAUCCCAUGACGCCUCAGGACCUGUUCUUUCUUCACCAAACCAAAUGGGCAUGCCUGCCAUGAAUUCUGCCAUGAUGGGGGGAGGGGCACCUGAUGGAAUGGGGCCCUGCAAUGUUUCACCCAUAUCUCAGAACCAGAUGUCAGGUUUUUCUCGCAUGCAGCCACCCUCUCAUGGGCCCAUGCACUCACCUAUUGGAGGAAUGUCACAGAAUUUCUCCCAGUCGAAUGAGGAUAGCCUGCCACCACAGCAGUUACACCUGCUUAGCAAAGGUCAUACUCACCAACGCGCCUCUCACCCCUCAGACUCAUUUGCCUCUCUGCCCAUGGGGGAAGGCCCAGAUCUAAGUGAAGUCAUACGACCCUCUCAUACGGGGAUCCCUGAAUUUGACCUUUCCCGCAUCAUUCCUUCUGAUAAGCCCAGUAGCACUCUUCAGUAUUUCCCAAAGCGUGAGCAACAUCAGCAUCCACAUCAGGGGCCACCAUCCCAGCAACCUACUCCACAGCAACUUCUCAAACAGCUGUCUUCUUCUGGCCCUCCACACAGCAGCGGUCCUUCAUCCAACCCCCACUUAGCAAACCUACAGAAUAUGAUGGCUGAACAGCAGCUGCCACUUCACCCUUCACAUGUUGGGAUACGCCACAGCAUGGGUAUUCAUCAAGGGGGCUCUAGGGGUAUGGUCUCUGGUGGGGGCAUGGGCCCCAUGUGCCCCCCUGGACAUAUGAUGGGAAGGACAGGCAUCAGUCCCCAGCAGCAAUUUCAGCAACAGCAAGCCAUGAUGGCCAACAGCCUCCUCCACCAUCCAUCCAAUCCAUAUCCUGGCAUGAUUUCCUCCCAGCAGCAUCCACACAAUCUGAUGGCACAGCAAAACAUUAUGAUGAUGCAGGCUAAGCAGCGAGGCAUGUCAAUUCCAGGGGAUCCCUUUGGCUCCCAGGGUCCUCUAAUGUCCCAUCAGGGUCCCAUGAUGGCCCCUCCCCAUCCACAGUCAGGUGUGAUCGGGCCCCAGUCUCUCAGACAGCGGGGAAUGACUCUAGACAGUCCUAUUGGCUAUGGCCCUGGAGGCAUGGCCAAUAUGCCAUUCUGAUCCAAAUUUACAAACGCUGUAAAAGAAAAAGAAAAGUCUCCACUAGGUUACAUUUCCCAUUUUAUCCAAUUUUUUUCAUUAAUGCUAUUCUUGCGGCUGUUUGAAAAGUGGAAUGUAAAAAAAAAAUGUAUCUGUGAUAGUUUUCAAAUUAAAACUGAUAAAAGAAUUUGAAUAUUUAAAAGCACUGUCACAUGGUUUAGUAACAAAUCUGAAGCCAUUUUCUAAAAUACUGUAACAUAUGUAUAUUUAAAAGAUGUGUGUAUUUGUUGUGGGAACAGCGUGGCAGUCAGGAGAGGAGUGCCUCAAAUUUAUAUUUGUUUUAAUAUCAUUGAUUUAUUUUCUCCAACUACCAAACUGUUGUGCAAAGGAGCUAUAUAUAUGUAUAUAUGUGUGUGUGUGUGUUUGUGUGUAUUUAUAUAAAUAUAUAUAUACACACACGCAGACAAACUUAUAAUAUAUACUUGCUGUAUAUAAGAUGCAAUUUGUGAUUGUUUGCAGUUGUUCUGUAUAGCUGUGUUUUAAUUGAAGUCCAAAAAAAGAAUAAUACUGAUCUAUAAUGUGGUUUUAGUUUUGUUUAUUGUGUUGUCAAUUACUGUCGUUUGAUAACUGACAAUGGGACACAGCUGUUGUAUUAUAUAUGAAAUCUUUAUUAAAAUCAAUUAGCAGUUGCUAAAAUACAAGCAAAAA